AUGAAGUUUAAACAAGCAAUGAAUUUUGGUGGAGUUGUAUAUAUUUUUGCAAGUGGCAGGGAAAGAAAACAGAGUUUCAGAGGAAUUCCCAGGAAUACCCCUAACCGUUCCUCAAAAUCUCGUUCAGCAAGCGCCAACAGCGUCCCUUACGCACUCUCCUUUUCUUGCUCUCUCACUUUCUCUCUCCCCGCCAUGGAGAAAGGCGAGAGCUCCGCCUCCACAUCGGAGCCAGACUCCGACGACAACCACCUCAUCCCGACCAAUCAUCACCUCAACCCUACUUCCGGUCUUACCCCGCACGAGUUCGCCUCCCUCGUCCCGUCCGUCACGGAGCACCAUACCUACCUCGUCGGCCCCGGCCAAUGCUCCUCCCUCCUCGCCCAACGAAUCCAGGCGCCUCCUGACGCCGUAUGGUCCGUUGUUCGCCGCUUCGACAAGCCACAGACCUACAAGCACUUCAUCAAGAGCUGCGCCGUCAAAGACCCCUUUCACAUGGCCGUCGGCGUCACACGCGACGUCAAUGUCAUCUCCGGCCUCCCCGCUGCAACUAGCACCGAGCGACUCGACAUCCUAGAUGAUGACCGCCGCGUCACCGGUUUCAGCAUCAUCGGCGGGGAACACCGCCUCCGCAACUACCGCUCCGUCACCACAGUCCACGCCUUCGACUCCGACGCAGACGCCAAGAUCUACACCGUCGUCCUCGAAUCCUACGUCGUCGACGUCCCCGACGGCAACACCGAAGAGGACACGCGUCUCUUUGCCGACACCGUCGUCAAGCUGAACCUCCAGAAGCUCGCCACCGUCACCGAAGGAACCAACCGCGACGGUGACUGUAAGCCACACUCGCGGUGA